UCAGGACUAGCCAGUCUACCUGCUGAAGACAUCAGCACCAACUCAAAUGGACCCAAACGGGAUUCGCUGUUUGAUGACGAUUCAGAGGACCUGUUCGCAGAGGCCACAGAGGAGGUUUCGUUGGACAGUCCAGAGAGGGACGUCCUGCUGUCUGAUGGCCCGUCGCCCGCCAUCACACCCAUCACCCCCCCCAUCUCCAUCCUCACCCCCCGCCUCGGCCUCGCCCAUGAUGACAUGUUCACACACUCCUCCUUCGACGAGGUGAGUGCACACAGCGCUUUUUAUCCCCUCAGCAAAUGUUUGCUAAUUGAGGAACAAAUG